AAAAAAAAGCAUAUAUCUUUUUGAUACACACGCACAAGGACAAAAUGUUACAAUGUAGCAUAUAGAAUGCAACAAAAGCACUGGAUAGGCUACUUUGUAUCACUAGACCGGAUUGUAUAUCACACUUCAUCACUUUUGGGUUUAGGUUCACGAGCGAUUAUCGCACUGAAAUUCAAUUGGUCCACAACUAAUCGAUGUAGCAUUUGAACCAAUCACAGUUAACAACGAGCCCCCAGAGCGCGUAUCAUUUUGGGACGGUUAUAAAAUCGAGGCCAGAAAUCUCACAAUACCAGGCGUGGAACCCCUUUCUCACCACACGGAAAACGACAAAGCUUUGGUUCGUUGGAAAGAAAGAAAGAAAGAAAGGAAGGAAGGAAGGAAAUGCAGAGGGAUGUAAGAUGGCAGAGCUACAAAUGUUGCUAGAGGAAGAAAUUCCAGCCGGUAAACGAGCGCUCGUGGAAAGCUACCAAAAUCUGUCGAGGGUUGCAGAAUACUGUGAAAACAAUUAUGUACAGGCACAGGACAAGAGGAAAGCUCUGGAGGAGACUAAAGCCUACACCACCCAGUCUCUGGCGAGCGUGGCCUACCAGAUCAAUGCCUUAGCCAACAACGUGCUGCAGCUGCUGGACAUCCAGGCCUCGCAGCUGCGCCGAAUGGAGUCCUCCAUCAACCACAUCUCUCAGACGGUGGACAUCCACAAGGAGAAGGUGGCACGGCGAGAGAUCGGCAUCCUGACCACCAACAAGAACACGUCACGCACGCACAAGAUCAUCGCCCCAGGCAACAUUGAGCGGCCGGUCCGGUACAUCAGGAAGCCCAUCGACUACACGCUGCUGGAUGACGUGGGCCACGGUGUCAAAUGGCUUAAAGCCAAGCAACAUGGCAACAACCAGCCAGUGAGGGGAGGAGGAGGGGGGACAUUAUCGAGGACCAAUCCACCGACACAGAAACCCCCGAGCCCGCCCAUGGCUGGUCGUGGAACUCUUGGGCGAAAUAAGACCCUGGAGCCAGUCAAGCCUCCAACGGUGCCCAACGACUAUAUGACCAGCCCAGCACGACUAGGCAGCCAGCACAGCCCUGCACGCACGGCCUCCCUCAACCAGAGACCCAGGACACACAGUGGCAGCAGUGGGGGUAGCGGCGGGCGAGAGAAUAGCGGUGGCAGCAGCAUAAGUGUUCCUCUGGCCGUGCCCACUCCCUCCCCUCCCAGCCUGGGACCAUUGUCAGCAGCAGUCCCCCAAGGCCCAGGCCUGGGUCCCAUUCCCAUGUCCCAGUUUGGCACCAUCUCGCGGCAGGUCUCCCGCCACAACUCCACCACCACCUCAGCCUCCAUGGUGUCGGCCACGGGUACCUACCGCCGAGCGCCCUCCGGCACCUCCCAUUUCUCCAUGUCCCAGCAGCCCCACCUCAACGGGGGCCCCGCCUACCCCCAGAACUCAGUGUCUGUGGCUCCUCCCCCUCCUAUGGUCCAGCUGACUCCUCAGAUUCCUCUGACGGGCUUUGUGGCCAGAGUGCAGGAGACCAUAACAGACAGCCCGGCCCCCCCUCCACCGCCCCCUCCCGAGGACGUGGUCAUGUUUGAGGAGCCCUCGCCCCCUCCCCCGCCCCCGCCCGUGGACUACCAGGGGGAUGAGGAGGCGGCCGUGGUGCACUACAGUGACCCUUAUGCUGACGGAGACCCCCACUGGGCCCCCAAGGCCUACGUAGAGAAGGUGGUGGCUAUUUACGACUACUCCAAGGACAAGGAGGACGAGCUGUCCUUCAUGGAGGGCUCCAUCAUCUACAUCAUCAAGAAGAACGACGACGGCUGGUACGAGGGCGUCUGCAACGGUGUCACCGGCCUCUUCCCCGGCAACUACGUAGAAUCCAUCAUGCACUAUGCAGACUAAGGGCGGCCAUUUUGACAGUGCAAAAGCGCCAGGAUGUUACCAAAAAGCAAAGUGCUGAGUUUAGUAUUUGAAACGAUAAGGUAGCUUUUAGUAAGAUGUCGGCAUUUGUUUUGCACAGUCAAAUUGUCCUCAAAGACCCCCCAUCUCCACACAGCAAAAUAUCAAUCUUACUUUUACAGAAAAAAUAUAAGAACGAAUAAACAAACGAAUGAACGUAAAGAAGUGCAUUACGACAUGUGUGACCGAAUGUUUGUUUUUGUCAGUGUCCAAAUUGCAGAUGUUAAAAAAGAAGCUAAAUAUUAUAUUUACUAUGCUAUAUGUUGGAGGGAGGGGUGGGUGGGUUUGGGAGGUGGGCCAAGGGAUAGGGAAUAGGAGACGUCAAAGCGGUAUACUGAGUAUUGAAUGCAAAAAGAUAUGACCGUUCAUUUGCUUAUUUCUGGUGAAGUUAUUAUUUCGUUUUAUAUACUGUAUAUACUGUAAUGUGAGAAGCUGCCAGUUUGUGUGUCAGUAGUGUUUUACCUGUGAGUUUCCAUCUGAGUCUUUUGAGUGGUCAAUGGUAAGCAAAAUUGUGCCAGGGAUGAUUUUACUCAAUCUUAUUUUGUCAUUUUUCAGGUAUUCUUUUAUUUUUCUAUUUUAGUGCCAUUUCUACCCUCGGUUUAGCCAAUUGUCACUUGAUAUUAUGUUGUUUUUUAUGUUAAAAAUAAAUGAUAUAAAAAUAAAUAUUUGUUAUGCUGUCAGGCUACUGUAGCAAAUGUUUCCUGAAAUGUGCUUAAGUCGGCAAAACGUGAAGAAACUGAUUAAUGUACUUUUUACUCCAUCAUGGUUCCAUUGUGUUGGAAUGUCUGCACUGAUUAGUUCUCAAUGGCUUUUUAUAUGACUUCAAUUAUAUGGCUUUGAUUGCAACACACGGGUUGUGUUCAGGCUAUCCAACUGUUGCAUUAUCAUGUUAUAUCCUUGCUUUGUCAGUGGGCUCUGGUUAGGUGCUUAUCUUUGGUAUUUGAUAACCAUUAUCACCUACCAUCAUCAACACAACCUCAAAACAAGGACGCAAGACUGUCAAAAAAUGGUAUAGGCUACUAGCCUACUUAUUGAGCAGUACAGAGUGAUUUGUAACAAUGGUAAACGUUCAAUCUUGAAUGUAACCUUGCUCUGUCAUUUCUAUCACAAUGAAUGUAGGAAAUUCAGCGGUGCAUUGUGGACUCAAAUGUAUUAAAAUGAUUGUGUUUAAAAGAUGCAGACACAUUUGUGCCACACAUUUAUGAUGAAGUAAUAUUCCACAUUUUAUUGGAAACAUGACAUGAUGACAUUAUGACUAAAUACUUCCAUGCAAAGAUGUAGGUUGCUUGUGGUUGGAUGGCCUUACCUCUUACAUCCUGGCAUUUGAGUUGUAUUUUUCAUGAGUCGUUAGUGAUGUUACAAAUAGGUUACGGUUAUGACAAUAGGUUUUGUUUGUGACCACAUGGAGUAGGCGUUAUGACGUACAGACAAGUUAAAGCUUGCCACGUGCACUUGUGUGGAAGACAAUAAUGCCAACAUAUUCAACAUGAACAGUAUUCAACCUCAAUGUACAAUGUAUGCAUGACUACAUGCAUACAUAAAAAAAAACAUUACAUUCUUUACUGAGAAUAAUAAUUUGCCACUACAUCCAGUUAGUUAUUGACUGUACUUUUAACUCUUCCAUCAUUUUUGGUCAUUUUUGUGAGAAAAAACAACUUUUUCUACCUAAGCAGUUUUAGCAUUUCAUUUUGUUGUUUAGAAAUACUUUGUCUGAGACAUGGUUUGGUAGCAGUGUGUAUUUUGAUUUAUUUAUAUUUUCCUAGAAAAAUAUCAUGAGACAACCACUCACACGCAGCAGAACUUUGUAUGUAUGUUUACCACUAAAACGUAAAACAGUUCAGGGCACCAGGGCUCAAGGCGUCUUGAUUUUAUGUCUGUUUUCUUAUAUGAAACGUGGAAAAAGUGAUUAUCUGUAACUUAAAUGUUCAUGUGAACAGAAUCUGAUAUGUGUCUUCUUUCCUCUUGGUUUGUAUAUAUAAUGUGUUAAUUGAAAUGUAUGUACAGUCCUUUUGUAAUAAACAGCUCGCCGAAACAACAAA